AUGUCGAGCGGCACACAACCAGACACUGACCCCGGCGAGACCAUGCCAUGGUCUCACCGUGGAGCGAUUCCGCACCAACAUAGAGUCCGCGAAUCGGCAAUCGCAUCGAUGAGAUCGAAGCUAAAUCUUUCAACUGAAAAGGGAAAAUUGAGUCAUAUAAAUUACUACUGGCAUCGCAUGGGAGAAAAGAGGGGCUUGGAUGGCUGGAAUGAUCACGUUCCCAGAGAUGUUAUUCGGCAAGCUCGCGAAUCGGAAAAUGCCUCGCGAUUAGAGGACAUAAAGACCAUAUUCCAUGGGCAUAUGGAUGGGGCCAUCCCGUCAACGCUGGUGACAGAUGAGUGGUGUCAAAUGUUUCUUAUUACCGUCGAAAGCUUGAGCAAGAUGCGGAUGCGGAUGAGGAUUUCCAUACUCCGAUUUGAUGAGCUGCGUCAUUUCGUCAAAUACGCCAAUAGUUUCCAAGAUCUGGAUUUUCGUCGCUCCUGGAUCUGUCCGUUUAACCCUGUGUUUCAUAUUGGAUUCUGCGAUUUUACAUUUCCGGAUCACCCGACUAUCCAAGCACUACCUCCUCCCAACAUCGCGGAAUGUCGAGAAGAAUUAAACGACUUAGAGGUGAAGGUCGGUUUCGAAAUUUGCCUGGGCUCGCAUCGAGAAUACUCUACAUGGUAUAGCGCCUAUCUCUAUUGUCGUCGGUUCAGGAAUGACUCAGAUCCAAGUCUCAAAGAUUGGGCAUGGCGGGUUGUCAUUUUUCAUGCUGAAGGCGACAGCCCAACACUUUUCUACGGCCGGAACCCGAGAUUUGAUUCCAUCCCCGAGUUUCCGGACUGUUACAGCAGCUGGUUGGAUCAUUUGGAUUUAGACCAGGUCCGCGACGACGUGAUGUGGUUGUAUGGUCAGAAUAUGGAGCGAUUUCUCAGUUCGGCCAUUCAAUCCAGGUGGGUACACUGA